CCCCUGGCGAGUACUGGGGAGAGGAUGCCAACGGCAACGCACGGACUGGUCACGUCCCCGGAGCUGUGAACUUUAAUUGGAUGGAAGGCGUGGAUUUCACUCAGAACGGAAAGUUCAAGACCAAGGAAGAGCUCGACAAGGUGUUCAUGGACAUUUUCCAUCUUGACAAGGCGAAACCAGUGAUCACGUACUGCCAACGUGGAAUUCGAGCUGCUCACACGGCAUUUGCACUAGAGCAGGUGAUGGGGUUCAAAGACGUCAAGAUCUACGAAGACUCGAUGCUGCAGUAUCUUAACCGGGACGUUUCCGAAGUGGCGAAGCAGUAACAUAACGGUUGACCUAGACGGUAGGUAAGGAGUAAGUCCAACGCUAAACUCAAAAGUGG